AAGACACAAUGCGUCGUUCGGCCGGCCGAGAUUGCGAGGGAAUCUCAUCGAUCCCUCCCAAUCCCUCCCUGUGCCGAGCGACCCAGCCACCUCGCUCCUGUCUUCUUCCUCCUCUGCCGAGCGCCGCCACCCAUCCCGCUGCCGAGCGCCCAUCGUCUUCCUCCUCGUGCGAGCUCCUCCACCGCAGCCUCACAGGUUCCGAGUCCAUAUUACAGGUGCCACCAUGUUCAACAGGCUAUUCGGGAAGCCCAAGGAGCAAGCCAACGCCGGCGCGUUGGCCACUUUAGAUAAGUUAAACGAGACUCUUGAUAUGCUGGAGAAGAAAGAGAAAGUGUUGGAGAAAAAUGCAGCUGCCGAGCUUGAGAGGGCCAAGGAGUUCUCAAAAGCUAAGAAUAAAAGAGCGGCUAUCCAAGCUUUGAAGAGGAAAAAACUUUAUGAGCAACAAAUUGAGCAGCUUGGGAAUUUUCAGUUGAGAAUCCAUGAUCAGAUGAUCAUGUUAGAAGCAGCUAAAGCUACGACUGAGACUGUUGAUGCGUUGAGGACUGGCGCAAAAGCUAUGAAGGCAAUGCAAAAAGCAACAAAUAUUGAUGAUGUUGAUAAGACUAUGGAUGAAAUUAAUGAACAGACUGAGAACAUGAAACAAAUACAAGAUGCUUUGUCAGCUCCUCUUGGAGCAUCUGCUGAUUUCGACGAGGAUGAACUAGAAGCGGAGUUGGAAGAAUUGGAGGGAGCAGAGUUGGAAUCUCAACUACUGGAACCAGUUGCAGCUCCACCUAUUCAUCCAGUACAGAUUCCAGCCAACAGGCCGCGACCUCACCUUGCUCCACAGAAAGCGUCAGCUGAGGAGGAUGAGCUUGCUGCUCUGCAAGCUGAAAUGGCAUUGUGAUCAGGUUGCCAGUUAAGAGGUGAAAUGUACAAAUGAUUGGUGGUAUGCUACGAUGUCGCAAGUGAGUCCAGCCACACAUAUAUUUACCCGUGUGUGUAUAAUCUUGGGGGAUAUAUUUGGCGACGCAGGAAAAGGCUGCCCCAAUCCUUAGUUUACUUGUUUGAUUGAAGGUCUGUGUUCCAUAGUCAGAAUUUUCAGUUCAUGUUGGCUCCAUUUAAGUCCUCGUGCAAUGCUCAUUGUUUGCGACACAUCUAUUUUGCAUUGUCCCAUAUUAUGUGGAGCCUUGUAAAACAAGUUGCAACCGAUAAAUCCUAGGGUUCACAAUUGAUGCCUUGGUGGAGCCAUUUCUAUUUUCCAUA